UGCCCUGCUUCAUUGUUUAGAUAUUUGUCUCCAAGCCUCUGAUAUUUCAUUCCAGUUUUUGACAUUGAACCAAAGAGGAAGAGAGAAAAAAUUGACGCACAGUUCCUAUUACUCUGCAAAGAACCCAGGUGUAAGUACUGGUAAUUAUCUAUAUUAUGGCUAUGGUAGCAAAGCUACCCUUGCCGUCAAUAGAUUGCCAUCACGUCGCCGCCCAACUGCUGGCGUCGCCGUCUUCCCGUCAAGUUCUCUGGCAUAGUUUUGGGCGGUGGGACAGAUUAGGUGUUAGGGGCCGUGGGAGAAUUUUUGUUCAACCAUGCAGAUCUUUCAGGUCUGAGGAGGAAAGUGUGGUCGAUGAGAAAGGGAAGAAUAAUCUAGAGAAUUUUGGGGAAAUUAAGGAAAGUAAUGUUCUGGAGACUGAAAGAAGAGUAAAUAAAAUUGUGGAUUCUGUGAGAAAUGCUGUUUGGAAAGUUUCAAAGCCAAGUUUAAGGUCGCAAGGCAAGAUAAGAGAAGCUAUGGAGAAGCUGGAAGAGAAGUUAUUUUCUCUUUCCAUUCACGUGGGUCGAUACAUCGUGAUGAUGUUAAGCACUGGAGCUAUACUGCUAACCGGGUUUCAAUUAUCAGGUGGAGAUGGUCAGAUGAAUGCCUUGAUAUGGUAUAGUUGGCUUGGAGGGAUCAUAAUUGGGACAAUGAUUGGUUCCAAUAUGGUGUUAGACGAAGUCAGUCGAUCUGGUCCUCGCAAUGUUGUCAUAACUGGAAGGUAUCUUCCUUAUAGAGACACAAAAUGGUUUUAUUUCUCACUGGAUUUUGGAAAUUUAGUUGCACUGUGGACAUCCUAUUUUCUGCUGCUCCUAGUUCACUGCUAAAAUUACCUUGGAUGAAACUUUAAGCUUCUUUUCUUCAUAGAAUAUGAUGCUCUUGUGAUUCCAAGGUCUAUGCUUUAAUAAUUUGCAAGCUAACCGUGGAUGUCAAGCCGAUUCUGAAGAUGAUAAUUCGACAACUUUAACAUUUUUUUCCCUCAAAGCAUAGCCUAACAUACUCGUAUUCUCUCAAUAUUAGUUAUGAGUCUGUUUUUUUUUUUUUUUUUUUU